AUGAUCUUCAACGCACUUCUCUCGUUUACGCUCCUUCCUCUCGCUGCAUUUGCAGCACCAACGAGCACCACUCGUGCCCCCAUCAAGCGCUCCAUCUCUCUUGGAGCACGCUCAGUCGCCCCCAGCGCAUACAUUGUCGCCAUCAAGGCAGACACCGUCGAUCCUGCAAACCGUGGCGCAUGGCUCAACAAGAUCAUGUCUCAAGCAGGCGUAAGCAUGUCGGACGCUGAGACGAGCUCACUCCGUCUUGGUUGGAACGAGACUGUCAUGAAUGGUAUCGCUGGUACAUUUUCUGACUCGACGCUCGAUGUCAUCCGUGCCCAAAGCGAGGUCGCCUAUGUCGAGCCUGACUAUGAGAUGCGCAUCUCUGAGACAGUUCAGCAGGAUAACGCCCCUUGGGGUGUCUCCAGACUGUCCACUGGCCCCGUCUCUCUUCAAGGCCUCGAUCCUCUCGCUCUCCAGUUUCCAUACUUUUCAGAUAGUACGGGUGGCGCUGGAACAGAUGUCUAUGUCCUGGAUACAGGAAUACGCACCACUCAUAGUGAAUUUGGUGGACGGGCGACCUUCUUGCAGACGUUUGGCCCCGGUGUUCCUGGUCAAGACAUAAACGGACAUGGUACUCAUGUUUCGGGCACGGUGGCUGGUAAAACCGUGGGCGUUGCAAAGCAGGCCUCUGUAUUCAUGAUCAAAUGUGUCGCAGACGACGGCUCCGCAGCAACCUCUGACAUCAUCUCUGCCAUCAACCUCGCGGUUCAACGUUCUUCCGCCAACCCGAACCGACCCGCCGUCGUGAACAUGUCCCUCGGGGGUCCCGUCUCUGCAGCACUCGAUAGGGCCGUAGCGAAUGCCGUCGCAAGCGGUCUCCCGUUCUGUGUCGCCGCAGGGAAUGAAACCCAAGACGCCAACAACUCGAGUCCUGCCCGUCUCGCUCAAGUGAUUACCGUCGGUGCCACAGAUAUCAACGACCGUAUUGCAAGCUUCUCCAACUUUGGAAACAAAGUCGACGUGUUUGCACCCGGUGAUACGAUUGUCUCUGCCUCUUUCCAGGGAGACGAUCUCGGGGCAGUUCUCAGCGGAACGUCCAUGGCAUCACCACACAUUGCUGGACUUGCUGCACUCAUGAUGGGACAGGCCGGUAAAAUGACGCCUGCGCAACUCUCGACAGCCAUCACGAGCGUUGCUCAAACAGGCCUGAUUUCUGGAAUUCCCAGAGGAACAACAAACACUCUUGCGUUCAAUAAUGCAGUACCAAUUGCUCAGCUUCAGCAAUCGUUGGCAAAUCUAGGCCAGGCGGGCGCAGCAGCAAAUGCGGCGACGACCGCAGUCGGUGCUGUAACAACCGGAACUCGCCAGGGCGGUCGAAAUAGGAAUAACUAA